GUCCGCAGGAGGCGCGCCCCCGCACCGGAUCGAGAGCGCGCGUCCAACUGUCACCAGAGUAUCUCCCACAGCUGCUGCCAGUUCGCGGCAUGUGUCACUGGCCUGGCUGACCCAGGGGAGAGGAUAACAGUCCGACCUGCUAGCAUCCAUUUGGACGUCGGAUGCAGCCUUUUUAAAGCCUACCAACCGUGACAUGAGAAGCUCCACUGGACGGCGAAGGAGAGAAUGAAAAUAGUGGAUUUUGUUUCUACUCGUCGGUACCGCGUCGAAGAAGAGGGGUCGCUAACAAGUCUCAGAGAGUUGUCUUUGGCAGAGGGCAGCAGUGAAGUCAAUGACAAAAUGGAGUCUCAAGGCUUUACUCUAGAUUGCAGAUUUUGACAUGAAGAAGGACAUAGACACAUUGAUAGCAGAAGAACGUGCUGAAAUCCUUUCCAAAUAUGACAAGGGCCGGCAAGAGGGUGUCAGUAUUGACCCCUGGGAGGAUGCUGACUUCAGCAUCUAUAAGGUCACGGACCGCUUCGGGUUCCUUCAUGAGAAAGAGCUACCUACACCUAGUGUGCUUGAAGAAAAGCAAAAGCAGCAGGAACUUGAGCGUGCGGACAAGUGGCUUAAGAUGGUGAAGAACUGGAGCAAGUAUAGGAACAGUGAGAAGUUAGUGAAGCGUGUGUACAAAGGCAUCCCCCUCCAGCUCAGAGGCCAGGCUUGGGCAUUACUUUUGGACAUAGAAAAGGUUAAACAAGAUAAUGAAGGAAAAUAUGAGAAAAUGAAGCUGCAGGCUCGUAACUUCUCCACGGAGAUCAAACAGAUUGACUUAGAUGUCAAUAGAACCUUCAGGAACCACAUCAUGUUCAAGGACCGCUUUGGAGUCAUGCAACAGGCACUGUUUCAUGUACUAGCAGCUUACUCUGUCUACAACACGGAGGUGAGCUACUGUCAGGGGAUGAGUCAAAUCGCCGCCAUCCUGCUCAUGUACCUGAACGAGGAGGACGCCUUUUGGGCUCUGUCGCAGCUCCUCACCAACAGCAAGCAUGCCAUGCACGGUUUCUUCAUCCCGGGAUUUCCCAAACUGCAUCGUUUCCAGGCCCACCAUGAGCGGAUCCUCUCCAAAAUGCUGCCUAAACUGAGGAAGCAUCUGGACAAGGAGCAGAUGACUUGUGGGAUUUACACCACCAAGUGGUUUCUCCAGUGCUUUAUUGACAGAACACCCUUCACCCUCACCCUGCGCCUGUGGGACAUCUACAUUCUGGAGGGGGACAAGAUGCUGAGCGCCAUGGCUUACACCACCCUCAAGUUACACAAGAAGCGUUUGCUGAGGUUCCAGUUAGAGGACUUGAGGGAGUUUCUUCAGGAGCAGCUGGCUGCUUCCUACUUUCUUCCCGAUGACGUGGUGGUGGAGCAGCUGCAAGUCGCCAUGGCUGAGCUGCGGAGUAAAAAGUUGGACCAGCCUCCUCCAGCAAAAUCUGAGGAGCUGCCAAAGAAACCGCUCGGCCAAGAGAGGCCGAUCCUCCUGCUGCCUCUGCAGCCCGACUCUCCCGUGGAAGUGAAAAGUGAUCUGCACAACACACACAGCAUCACCUUGUCUCCUUCCACGCCUCAGCAAACAAGAAGCCCCAGCAGUUCCAACACGCCCCCUUUGGCCUCGCCUGACCCCGAUGCGGCACACGUGCAAGCCAGCCCUUCUCCCAUCAUGCCUUGCAGGGCUCCUCCGCUCCCUCCUAAAGCAGUAAAAAAGCGUGCUGGCCAGGAGGAGCCCGUGGACUGGCCACCUCCGUACGAAGCUCCUAGUGUAGACGUCCUCAGCGUGCACGCGGAGGACAUGUUGGACCUGCCAGAUCUUCCACCUCCACCACCGGUGGACGAUGAGCAGAAAGACAGUCCUGCGGUCCAAAUUCCUUUCAAUCCGCCUCCCCAAGUGUUCCCCAAACCGCACGCAUCCCCUCCUCACGCCUUUGCCGCAUCAGCAAACUCCUCCCCCAGGCUCCCUCCCCCCAAGCCCACCAAGUUCCCGGUGUCUCUGUUUGUCCCGACAUCAGCAGCAGACCGGCGGCCCUCCAACACCUCGCAGUACGACAACCUGUCUGAAGACGACGACCGCGGCCCGGAGAGGCCGCUGGGCUCCACCCCCGAGGAGAUUCCCAGCAUGCACCUUGGCCCGUCGUCCGCCUAUGACCCCGCUCGCUACCCGCUGCCCUCACCUCCCGUGUUCAUUCCCCCGUCGCCAUCUCCCCUUCUCCCCCUGCGCUGCGCUCUCCCCAGUUUGCCUCAGGAGGCGGAAUAUGAAGGCGAGGACAGCUGGGUGGGGGACGCCAUCAUCCCCCCUCCCCCGCCCUGCUUUGCAGACAGACUGUCCCCCGUACAGGGUCACGCCGACGCUUCCCCCUCCGCCUACUGCAAGCCCUUCUCUCGCGGCCCCAGGGACCAUUCCGCCUUCCCAGCACCACUUUUGUACACCAGGUCCCCCCCGGGCCAUUCCAGGCCUUCUCAGCUGACAGUCGGGGUGCCGGCAGUCCGAUCCAGCCCGGACUUUUGCAGAAUGCCUCCAGGUGGACAGCAGCUGCCUAAGUCAGUCACCUUUUGAAGACGUGCGGACUGAUUACAUUGAAAUAGGGCCAGUAGAUAAGGUUUUUUGUAUUAUUAUUAUCAAUAUGCACACAUUUCUAUGAUCCUUUUGUAAGGUUCACUUCUCUUUCCUGAUUGUCAGAUUUUUUUGUAUCGCGACACAUUGAACCGUUCAGCUUUUCUUAUUGGUGUGUUGUUCCAUAACAUCACUUAUCCUUUCCAAAAAAGUGUCUUAAAGUGUGUCAAUGCUCACAUUCGGUCCUUCAUUUCACCCCAAGCCUUCGCUCAAAUCACUUUCUUUAUUUAAUUCAACACAUUUUGGAUUUGAUUAAAAAAAAAAAGGCUUUAAAACAGACGUUUGUGAUGUCCCCAAUGGUUUCAUUGUAUUGGUUCUUCUAUGAAGUAACUACAUUUUGUUGGGCUAAAAUGAAACCAGGUUGAUGAUGGAACAAAAAUUUACGAACACCAUCCCCCUCUUGUGGCCAUAACUUAGUAGUUCAUUCAUAAAUAAAUCAUUUAUUGUCUGUUACACUGUCAGUUGAUGCAUAUAGUUAUUUUUCACUUUCUUCAUACACACAUUGAUACAUAAGAGUAGCUGUCAUUUAAUGGCUGGGAGUAAAAUGAAAUGGAAUUGAAGCCAUAUUGGAAUUUAAAAAUGCCAAUGUGAAGCCUGACAUUUAUCAGGCUUGACAAAUUCCACAGAAUACUUGCUGCAUAAGUGUGGUUGACAGAAAAAUCAAACAUAUCUAAAAGCUAUUCCAAAAGUGGACAAAAUAACUUUGGUAUGCCUGUUACUAGUUUUCCAUGAUAUAUUUGCAUUAACUGAAAAAAAAAGUCCUUGACGUGUUUAACAUUGAUUGUUCCAGCAGUUUUUAUACCAACUUGUAUUUUUACUGAAGUGUUGCUGUUUUGUUCUUUUUGACGCAAAAAUAGGAUUUUGUUUGUUAAACAAUGCUUCAGUUUGUUGACAAACGUUGCAUUCAUGUAUUUAUUCAAAGUUCCUUAAGCCUUUCAGUGUGGACUAUUACCAUGAAUGAGACCUCUAUUGUUAUUGUACUGUGAUGUCACAGGUCCAGUUGGCAGCAGACCAAAGCCCCAGUACGUUUAUGCCGUCCAAUGACAAGCAUGCAUCUAAGUUGUUUUUUAAUCUUCAUUUCUGGAAAACACAUCCCCAAUAAAGACAAACAUGUUGAGAGCUAA